AUGUUACACAUCGUGUGGAAAGUGAAAACAAGGGUCGUGAGAGGCAACUGCAACCCUGUUUGGAAUGAGGAGCUCACCAUUUACAUUAAGGAUCUAAACGUUCCGAUUACCUUUUCGGUGUACGACAAAGACACAUUCACGGUAGACGACAGCAUGGGGAAAGCGAAUAUCGACAUAAAACCUUUAAUAGAUUGCCUGAAGAUGGGGUUGCAGAGUCUCCCAAAUGGGACUAAAGUUGACAGGGUUCAGCCCAACCGAGACAACUGCUUAGCCGACGAGAGCUGUAUAGUUUGGAACAAUGGGAAGAUGACACAAGACAUGAUCCUCAGACUAAAAGAUGUCGAGUGUGGGGAAGUAGAUAUCCAGAUUGAAUGGAUCGAUCUUCCCGGUGGAAAAGGUCUCUAG